AUGUCAUGGGCACCAGUCGACUUUAGCUUGGUGCGAUACUCACCCAUUGAGAACACGCAUUUCUUCUACGACGAGAAUCACCCUUCGUCAAUUCAAUUCUUGUUGUCGGGGCGAUGGGAGUCAUGGGAUGUAGGCUAUGUCAGCUACAAAGCUCGUGACCCAGCAAUCAGGCAAAUUGCAAAGGACGCUGAGACGCGUUUGGCCAACGAUCCACAAUCUGGCUACAGGCAAUGGCCGUCGGAACCUUCUCCCGGUCCACAAGCAGGUCCGAGUAAUGAACAAUCGGACGCUCAACCAGCUCAAGAAAACAAUGCGCAGACACCGAUUGCGGAUCUUAUAGAUUUCCUGGUACCACUUUCACCCACUCCAGAAUCUGAGGAACCCGCACGGCAGUCAGCCGUUCCAAGCCCACAAGAUGCAGCGGGCCCAUCCACAUCCGAGGGUUCUUAUACCUCGCCAUAUGGUCAACCACAGCCGACGGGCUACCCAACUCCACAAUCGACAGGCAGUGCAGCGCUAUUACAAGCUGCUUUCCCUGGUCCGAACGACAACAUCAGCCUCAACCUCAACCUCAACACCAACCUCAACACCAACCUCAACACCAACCUCAACACCAACCUCAACACCAACCUCAACACCAACCUCAACACCAACCUCAACACCAACCUCAACACCAACCUCAACACCAACCUCAGCCUCAACCUCCACAAGGACCGCCUCUUGCAUCUGCCAUACCCCCAGGCAGGGUCGCUCUAUCAAGAAGACGAGAGACAAAGAUCCUCCUGUCUAUCGAUGAUCGGACAACGACUCGACCCGCAUCAAAUCUUCGACCUCACAGGCGGUAGCUCUCUCGGUGGAGUUAUAGCAUUGCUCUUGUGUCGACUUCAGAUGUACGUUGAACCCAUGUGCAAACUAGCCAGAGAGGCUUAUAAGAAGAUAUCACGGCAGGUCUAUUUGAACAAGAGGGCCUUUUACAUAUCGCUAGACCCCCAUCUACCACUUCCGAAUCGGGAUGGAACAGCACUGGAGAAUGAAAUCAGCCAAGUGAUCCGACAGGAGCUAGGUUCUCUUGACGAGCGGUUGUUCGACGACCGCGAAGACUCUGGUGAUGUAUUUGUCGUGUCGACGCACAUUGAGAUCGGCAUAAACAAAGCAGCACUCAUGCGCUCUUACCAGACCCGUCGCAUCACCGGGCCCGAGCUUGAUGCAAACAUGACAAUCGCACAGGCUAUGAAGGCCACAGCCGUAGCUCCCAGAUACAUCCAGUCCGGGGCCAACAGCCGACUCGUCAUCGAACCUGGCCUGGUCGACCACGGCACAGCAAAGAACAACCCCGUCCGCGAUAUCCUCUACGAAUGCCGAAAACUCUUCCGCUACGCCAACGACAUGAUGAUCAUCAUCUCCAUCGGCACCGGCAUCGGUCUCAACCGGGACAACGAAAUCGCCGAAAUGGCAAACGGCGUCGAGGACAGGAACGCAGAAGCUAGAACAUGGGGCGAAAAGUUCGAGGCGGAUCACCAGGCGCUUAUGGAGAGGGGAUGGAUGAAGUACUUCCGCUUCAAUGUGCCGGGUUUGGAAGACGUACCGCUGGAAGAGUGGUGUCAUGAAGACGCUAUCAAGGAGAAGACCUCGGCGUAUUUGGCGCAGCCCGAAGUGGCGCAUAUGUUUUAUGCUUGUGUGGAUGCGAUUACGAAGCUGCUUUUGGGACCUGGGCAGUAA